UGAUGAUUAUAACCAAAUAUUGUCCACUUCGGUAUAAUGUGUCUAAAAAAAUAGAAAAACAUUCAUUGCACAAUGAUUAAUAUUUAUUUAAAACUGUAUUGCAUUUGCAUUAUUUUAAAACAAUUUGUGUAAUGUAGAUAGUAUGUAAGUUGGCACGCUUGAUUUCGAUGAGACCGUUUGAAAGAGAGAUUGCUGUGCGGGGGAAGUCUUAUCGUUCAGCUUACACCACAUAACGGUGUUUCUUAUUUCAUUUUAAAGAGAUACUGAGCGUUAAUUUGACACGUGAGAGUUAAAAGAGGCUUCACAUUCUUCUCCAAAAAUGUUUCGUUCGAAAAAGGACGUUGACCGGCACGUGAAAGACAUUCUUAUCAAGCUCAAAAAUUCAGAGGAGAAACAUCUACGAUGUUAUAAUAUAGCAAAGCUAUAUUAUCAAGUUGGGGAUUAUGAAUCUGCAAAGAAAUAUGUUUCUAAUUAUUUGGAAAUACGAGACAAAUGUGCUGGAGCUUAUAAAUUAUUAGGUCAGUCUUUGGAAGCUUUAGGACAGAAGGAAGCAGCUUUUAUGCAAUAUAGAACAUCCCUUGAAUUGGAACCAAAGCAAGAUGAUCUUGUUUUGAAGGUUUGUGAACUUCUAACUGAUGUGGAUGUCAACAUCGAUAUGAAUAGAAUUAAAUAUUGGGUAGAAAGAGCUGACAAAAAGUUUCCACAUCAUCCAAUAGUUUUUCAAUUAAAGGAGAAAAUGUUAACAUUAGAAAAACCAAGUGGUAACAAUGACGAUUUAGAGAAGCUUAUUACUUCGGAAUUGUCAGUACGACAAACAGAUGUGCAUCUACAAGUUAAAUUGUUGAAACAUUAUAUAGGAAAUCAUAGACUGGAAGAUGCAUACAAUCAUGCUUCUAGAAUUGAAUCAACGCACAGUCAUAGAAACAGUGUUGUUUGGUAUCAGGCAUUAUGUGAGUUGCUUAUAAAAUGUAAAGAGAGUAAACAGUCAGAUUGGACAUUUUGGAUAUUCUACAUUUCUGUACUAGAAAGAUACGCAGCUCUUUGUUUAAAAGAACAGGGUAAUAUUACAAAAAAAAGUAUAUCAGAUGCUACACAAGCAGUAUUUAACUUCGAUCAAUGUUUAACUGAAUUUAAGUCAGCAAACUUUUCCAAUCAUCCAGUUUUUAUUGAAAAUAUGUUAUUACAUAUGUGGGGUCAAUUACAUUUCCAUUUGGCAUGUUUAUUUUUACGGAAGACUAAAGGAGGAGAGGACAGUUGGUCUGAAGCGGGACGUUUAUCUGCACCUCUUUUAUUAACUGCAUUACACGUAACACCUAUAGAUCCUACAGCUGUGUGGACUAUGCAUUUGAAGGAUCGUCUAAAAAGUCAAGUGCACGUUUGGUAUAGAGAAGGAUCUUACAGGUGCAGUCAAGCGGGGCAUAUUUUACAGGAUUACGCGCGAGACAAUACCAAAAAGCUACUGGACAAAAUUGAUAGGUUUUGUACAAGUUUGUGGCGCGAACGGGUUUAUCAGAGAAUCUUUAUCGGUCGAUUAUAUCACGAUGGUAAAUUGACAUCAUAUUUUGCAAAGAGUUCGCAUUCAAGUCCACCGUUACGCUUGUGCUCGUACAACGAACUGAAACGAUUCGAUGAAAUCUCGGAAGAAGUGUGGCCGGAUUCGUUACAUCAUCAGAUUUGGCUUGGUUUGAGAUCUCGACCUCACGGUUCACAGAGUAAAGACAGUGGGCCCUUACCGAAUCAGACGUCGCGGGUGUUCUGUGAAUUACAAUUUUCUGUCUUUAACUUGAAUCAGGCAUCCCCUGACAGUCUGAGUCGCCUCGACAUCGACGCAUUUCUAAAUGCAGCAAUCUUCUGCGCUUCUGCGAUGAUGGAAGAACAGCAACUGAGCGGUUUCUUGAAUCCUGAUAAAUUACCCACAUUACCAGCGGAUCUCACCAAUACCCUAUGCACUUGUGCUCAAGAGAAAUGGUGGUCCGCUGCCUACAAAGUCUAUUCAAUGGACAAACAAAAACCAUUGGAUGAUGAUCUUGGGAACACGAGAUUAGAAUUGCAACAGGGUUUAGAAGUCGUUCGUUGCAUUGGAAACCAUGGAUUGCAUCCCGCUCUGUUAGUUCAUUUGGCGAGGAUAUUCCUUUACAGAGCCGAAGUGUUGAAAGAAGUCGAUCAAGAAAACGGUGAGAUACCGAGUUUAGAGGCACGUUCCGAGAUGUAUUGGUCCACCGCGAUUCCACUUUUAGAAAGACUGCAGAAUAAUCAAAUUCUUCGUGUAACGAAUUCCAAGUUCUUCAGCUAUCAGGGCAAGGAAUUGAGUAACCCGGAGUUGGUGAAAGCUCUAGAAGAGGGUAAAUUGAUUUUGGCGCAACGUUUCGUGCGUGACAAACAAUACGAAAAAGCGAUCGACGCAUUGCAGACAUUAAAAUGCCCGGAAGCUUCGUUCCAACAGGGUCAAAUGUACGGGAUGCUCGCGGACGAAAUCCUUAAUUCCACGCCGAAAGAGAGUUUAACGUCGGAAAUGAGAUCGCAGCAUAUCGUGAUGCUCUCGAAAGCAAGAGAAUGCUUUUAUUUAACAUUAGAUCGAUUGCGCAGUCCAGGAGCGAAUCCAAAACAUCCCUUGAAUUCGGAACUUUACACGCGCAUCGCCGGUAUAGAGAAUAAAUUGAAACGAAUCGAUCCGGACCUGUCGCGAGGCGAUCUAAGUAGAAACGAAUGCGACGGAAUGUCGGACGACAGUUACUCCUCAGCACACAGUGGCGUAGAGACGCAACCCGUGAACCCGGCGUUACCAACGUUCACGGGGUUGAGUGCUUCCGUCAACAUGGUCAACACACCGCACAAGAAUUCGCAUCGUACUCCUAAGCAGUCCAGCACUCCCUACAGGCCGCAACAUCAAGACUUGCUAGAUUUAUCACGAAACCGUUCGGAAGCACGCCCGAGCCCCGAACGUCUCGAUGCUCAGAUACGGGCGAUCAACCAAAUGAUCCAUGCCAAGGAGAAUAUGAUACAGUCCAUCACAGAACAGAACAAGAAUAUACUGGAGCUGAAUAAAAUUGUAAUGGAGAAGCUCGAAGAGCUCACGAAAGAAGUGACGGAGUUGCGGAAGGACAUCCAACGGCAACGUACGCAGCCGGUAAACGUAAACCCGAAUCUGGAAGAAGAUCUAUGCAUGCUCAGCGAGGAGGACUUCAACGAGUUAAAUUACAACGCGAACCCGUCAGGUCCCGCGUCCUCGAUAUCAGGAAACAUGUUCCAGACGUCGCACAGAAAUUCGUACUCUCAAUUGGUGUAUCCUUCGGCUACAGCUUUCCAAGGCUAUUUCCCAGGAGGCAUGUCGUUCAGCGAUCCGAACGCGGCUUCUUUCUGUACGAACAUUUACCCGAUGCCGGUCCUGUACCCGAACACCAGGUCAAAAAUGCCGGAGAACAUACUUCAGCAGGGCUUGUUCCCGCAGAGAUUGCCUACUCAGAUGCCGGAUCUGAUGCCACCAGCGAAUCAGUCGAUGCAGAUUUCGCUUCAGAAGGUUGAGACAUCUAAACCCGAGACAACGAUAAAGGACGCGCCCGUGAACAAAGUCCCACCGGUUAACGUUGUCAUCACCACAUCCGACACUUUGCCGACUACAGUGCCAGUUGUUCAGCCAACGCUUAGCGUAACAAUUCCUCCGCAUUUCAGACAGGGAAGCGCGUCCACGAUGGUCACCACGGAACAGUCAGCUCCUCAUUGUUAUCAAAUAUCCAUGCCUUCUCAGGCAACUGUGUUAACCACCGUCAAUUUGCCACCUUUGUCGACCACUUUGACCACCACUCCGGCUAACAUUACUAUGCCAGAAGCACCAAAGACUGAGAACGCUAACAUUUGCUCGACCGGCUCUCCGAUCAUACCGGAACACGAACAUGAACAGGAACGCGAACGCGAGCAUGAACACGAGCACGAUCCCAUACCGGAUUUCGUCCCCGUGAUACCACUACCCGCAGAGGUCAAAGUCACCACCGGAGAAGAGGGUCAGGAGGUCUUGUUUUGCGCCAGAGCGAAACUUUUCCGUUUCGUGGACACCGAGUGGAAGGAGCGUGGCAUUGGUAACGUGAAACUCCUUAAGAACAGCGAAGGAAAGAUUCGUUUGCUUAUGCGCAGGGAACAAGUUCUGAAAGUGUGCGCGAAUCAUUACCUGUCACCCGACAUGGAGCUAACUGCCAAAGCGAACAACGAGAAGACUUGGUUCUGGGUCGCGCACGACUUUGCGGACGGCGAGUUGAAGGUUGAGAAGUUCUGCAUCAGGUUUAAAACGGUGGAGGAAGGUCUGUCCUUCAAGGAACACUUUGAGAGAGCGAAGACGAGUCUGUCGUUCAAGGAGCACUUUGAGAGAACGAAGCCGAGUCUGUUCCAGACCACCGAAAAGUCUGCUGAGAGCAAAGUAUCUACCAAAGCGAAUACCAUAACGAAUAAUAUUGAGAAAAAGGAGACGACACCCGUGGAGCUGAAAGGUGCCGCGCAAAUCAAUCAAAAUCAACCUCAGGUUGCAGUUUCAGAUGCGUCGGAUAAAUCAAAAGCCAGUACAACGGUUCUCGGUGGUUUCUCAUUCACGACGACGCCAAUCAUUCAGAAAGUACCUACCACUGAGCCUGUAAAAGCUCCCAGCAAACCGGAAGUCAGUCCAUUCGCAGGGUUCACUUUCACUAAAACAGGAGUAACCGCUGACGUCGCGACACCUAAGAGCGUAGCGAUGUCCGCGGUAACGCAAGCGUCUACGUUUUCGUUUGCAAAAACUGCGACACCUCCCAAGGCAGAGACCACGACAGCGCCAACAUCUACAACUGCGGAAACUGCUCCAACCGGCUCGUCCCAACCUAGUACUCUUAGAAGACCUCACGCGCCUUCUCCAAGCAUGACUAAACUGGUGGGCGUUCAGAGUAUGGACUCGAAGCACGAUCAGGAAGAAGUCAUAUUCGAAGCUAAAGUAACUCUGCAGUAUUACAAUAACGACAGCAAGCAGUGGAACCAUAGAGGUACCGGGCAAAUGAAGACUUUAUGGAACCCGAAGACUGGCAAAAUUCGAUUACUGAUGACCGAAGAGAAUACCACGAAGGUUUGCUACAAUUACAGCGUGCUCGCGAAAAUGCUGUUCAUGUGGAAAGGCGGCAGCAGCACUGUCGUUAAUUGGACCAUUCACUAUGGACCGGACAAGAAGCCGGGUUCGUUCGCGGUGACGUUCAAGACAGCCGCGCAAGCCUCUCAGUUCCAUAACAUGAUCACUAGUAAUCAGCAAAAGAUGGUGAAGGACAGCGUCUCCGCUGAAAACAUGAAGAAGCAAGAGACCACUCAGAACGCGCAGACGACCAAAAGCCAGGUGCCCCUGUCCGAGUUGUUCAAGGCACCGACAGGUUCGUGGGCAUGCCAGGACUGUUACACGAGAAACGGCGCGUUCAACUCUGUCUGCGUAGCGUGUAAAGCACAUCGUCCUGCGACUAAUAAUCAAAACAUUCCAACGACGACCACCACGAGUCAGGUACCAUUGUCAGAGCUGUUCAAGCCGCCCUCGGGUUCGUGGGAAUGCAAGGAUUGUUACACGAGAAACGAUGCGUCCAACGCCGAGUGUAUAGCGUGCAAAGCGCCCAGUCCACACGCAACUAAGGUGCAAGAGAUCCCGGUAACGGCCAGCGCGAAUGAAGCGUCGCUCCCGGGAACGUUGAAGCCGCCGGUUACCUCGUGGAAAUGCAAAAAUUGUGAUAUCGCUAACUCGGUUGGGAACAAUUACUGCGUCGCCUGCGACACGCCAAAGGAUCCGUCGAUCCCGCCGAAGCCAAAGACAGACGGUUUUCUAAUAAGCACCUCCACCACUGGUGUCACACCCACGUUCACGUUCGGCAUUCCACAGGACACCUCGAAGAAGGACACGAGUGGCUUCAUGUUCCGAUUACCCACGUCCAACGACGCGUCCGCCGAUACCAAGACCUCGUCAUCGGCAGCCGCAGAGUCGGACGCGAAGAUUGAAACCCCAGGCACGAAGUUCGUGUUCGGAAUGCAACAGACGUCCAACACGUUGUCGAGCAAAGACUCUCCGUUCACUUUCGGCUCGCCAGGCAAGCUGUUCGACUUCAACUUCGUAGCGAAGUCUCCGUCCAAAGCUACCGCGGAUGGCGAGAACAGCGAGGAGGAGGUGGUCGAGAGCGACGACAUUCAUUUCUCGCCGGUGGUUCCUCUGCCGGACAAGAUCGAGGUGAAGACUGGCGAGGAGGACGAGGAGGUUCUCUACUGUCACAGGGCGAAGUUGUUCAGAUACGACAAAACGGUGAACGAAUGGAAGGAGCGCGGCUUGGGAGACAUCAAGCUGCUGCGACACAAAGAGACGGGCAAGCUGAGAUUGAUCAUGAGGAGGGAGCAGAUCUUCAAGCUUUGCCUGAACCAUUUCGUCCUGCCGAAUCUGGAGAUGAAGCCGAAAGACGAGAAGACCUGGAUAUGGACCGCCGCCGAUUACAGCGAAGGCGAGAUCGAGCAUACGCUGUUCGCGUGUCGCUUCAAGAACUCCGACAUCGCGAAGCAUUUCAAAGACACCAUUGAGGAUGCGAAGUCGGGGAAGGAUGUUAAAGCUAUCGAGGUCAAACCUGAUGCAAGUUCGGAUCCUAAGACGUCCGGCCAAGAGAUAGAGGUUGUGUACGAGAUGAAGGUGACGCCCGAGGAAAGGGAAGCCGCGCUGAAGUUACAGCUCCCAGAAAACUUCUACGCGUACAAGCGUAACCCGGACUGUCCUGGUUGCAGAGGCUGCAAAGAACCGCCAGUACCUUUGUUUGAAAGCAGUACUGUCAGUAAAGAAUCGUCGAAAACAGCUGAGAAACCUGCGACCACUGUGCCUGCGACGACCGUUACGACUAGCAUGCCAAAUACAGAUUCUCCUGUUUUCAAGAUGUUCGGUAGCAGCAACACCAGUGCAGCGAACGAUAAGAAGACCACGAAGUCAGGCUUCUCGUUCGUGAUGUCGCAGGCUCAACUCAGCGAGACGCAGAAAUCUGAGAGCGACGAGCAGGGUAUCCUUGGAACUGAGAACCUGAACAUUUGUAGUCCAGCCAGCUCUCAGUCUCAAGCAACGACCGACUCUGUGUCUUCGUUCCCCUCGUUUGGCACGCCUAAAUCAGACAGUCUCUUCGGCAUCAGUACAGGGAAGAACAUGUUCGGCGGUUCAACGAAGAAGGAUUUCCCUGGACUCAUUAAGCCUAGUUCCUUUAGCGUUAGCAACUCUGCGAAUCCAGUAUUCGGCGCGAGUGCUCCGAUAUUCGGACAGGCCGCGGCGAAGAUUGGCUCGGAAAUGACUACCAGCAGUUCAUCUCCGUUCAGCACGAGCACGACAACUACAAGUGUAUUCGGAGCGUCCGCUAAGCCCACUAAUGCAGUAUUCGGUAGCACGUCUACGCCGUUUUCAUUCUCGUUUGGAACGGCCAGCAACGAACCAUCUUUUGGAAUCGCGAAUUCCGCGACGACGAACAUCUUUGACACAAAACUGACGACGUCCGAGAAUGAGCCUGCGAAAGAUUGCGGUAUUAGUUUCCUCUCCGCGGAGGUAUCCUUCUCCGACCUAGCGGAGAAAGCUCCCCAACAAGCAUUUAAAAAAGAUCCUAACUUCUCUUUUGCUGGUGCCGGGUCAACCGUGUUUGGUUCUAAAUCUCCACAUAAAUCUACGAAGGGAACAGCGAAAGAGAAGAAAGGUGAAAACGAGGAAGAAGAGGGCGAUGAGAAUGAGAAUGACCAAGAACACGACCCUCAUUUUGAACCUAUUGUGCCAUUACCCGAUGUUAUCGAGGUGCGCACUGGAGAGGAAGAUGAAGAGAAAGUGUUCUGCGAAAGAGCGAAAUUGUAUAGAUAUGACAAUGCAACACGGGAAUGGAAAGAAAGGGGCGUUGGCGAGAUGAAAAUCUUACAUCAUGCAGAACGCGGAACCUACAGAUUAUUGUUGCGUAGAGAGCAAGUUCAUAAAGUUGUAUGCAAUCUGCUGCUUACGCCGGAUAUACAUUUCACCAAACUCGCUACGUCGGAUCGCGCAUGGGUAUGGGCGGGCAUGAAUUACGCAGAGGAGCAGUCAUGCGCAGAACAGUUAGCAGUUAAAUUUAAAAAUUCGGAUCUGGCUGCAAAGUUUAAGGACACAGUCGACAAAAUUCAACAAACGCUAACCGAAAUCCGUGAAAAAGCUACAGAAGACGGCCCCAUGGUCGAAGAAUCAGAUGACGAGGAGAAUGAAGAAUUGGAUGAAAUAGAAGAGGAGGAAGAGGAAGAAGACGACGAGGAUGAGGAAGAGGAUGACGAUGAUCAGGACUCCAUCGUUUUUGAAAGGAGAGCUACUUUAUUUGCGAAAACAAAUAAAGAUGAUACAUGGGUGCCUGUGGCUUUAGGAAAUUUAUUUAUUUAUUUUGACUCUGAUGCUGUUGGCGGAAGGAUAGUAUUAAGAGUAGGCGAAGCAGGUCAUAUUGUAAGCAAUACCAUCAUUCGUGUAAACACGCAGAUGCAGGUGGACGGCAAAGAAUGCAUUUGGACAGCAGUCGAUUAUGCUUUAGAACCAGAGGCAAAGCGCACUUUGAAAGCAGUCUUUUCAUCAGUUCAAGCUUCACAGGAAAUGUAUAAAUGUUUUCAACAGGGUGUGGAAUAUGCAACAGUCAGCAACAUCGAAUCAUUCUACGAAGAGUAAAGUUUCCCUGUAAGAUUUCUUGUAAUAAAGUAUAUUGUAUCUCUUGUAUACACAAAACAUUUGAUUUUAGUCUAAAUUCGAUUUAUAAAUAUUAGAUCUUUUUCAAUUUCAUUCGUGUUUACGACGGGUGGACUUAAAUAAUUAAUGAUUGUACAAACUAUUUAAGAACAUGCGAAUGGAAAGCAAAUGAAUUUUUUUAUUGACUUAGAUGCGUUUUAUUCGUAAGAUUCAUUGCGUGAUAAUAGAUCAAAACGUUUCAUUAAUAAAUUAACUUGUGCCAAACUUAUCGGUUCUUUUCUUAUCAGUCUAAGAAAUACAGUUUCAUUUAGAAGUGCUAUGCCUUUUCUGAUUUUUCGUUUACACAUGAAUAUCUGAUUUAGGCUUUAAAUAAUUAAAUAAAUUUUAUUAUAUUGUUGAGCGAUCUUUAAUAAUCGUAAAUGAACAGUAAAUCCACGAAUAAAGGGAACUCGAAGUAAAGAUACUGGAUGCUCAAACAGCUCAACAAUACUGAACAAUCAACCUGUGAUACAAACCUAGUAAUUCCAAGGGAACGUGGAAAAUAUUUAAACGUGCAAUUGUAUAGUACGUUUAUAUAUAAUAUCGUGAACCUACAAUUACAUAGAUAAUAAGUAAUCUUUAUAUUAUAACUUUAUGUUUUUUGUAUUGUUUAAUUUCUCAGAUUUCCAGAAUAGAAGUAUUAUAUGUGUUAUAUGAAAUACUCUACAAUGUUGCAACAAAAAGAGAAAGAAAUAAAACAUUUUAUUCAAAAGUAA